UCUUCAGCGGCGCCUCGUUGUUUAUCGACUGAAUUUUUGCUAGAGUAAGUAGAGCUUGCACAUGUUGUAGGCCUUUACGUUUUGCUCAUAUAGAACUUUUAACCGAAUUCUUUUGCUCAUGAUACAGAAUAUUUUUUCUUGUGCAGAAACACUGACAGUACAAAAGCCUCCUUCUUUUUGAAUCUAUUCAAGAAACCGCAAACUAACCAGUAUUUACGCUUGCCACGACUACGGACUACAGCCGAGUUACACAAUCUAUCAUUAUACUUGUAUAAUAUCAUGACUAAGAUAAAAAUGGGGUCACCAGCUCCUGCGGCCGCGCUGCUACCUGGAACGACCACACCACGGACCUUGUUCGCAGGAUCAUGGGGGCUAAAAUCCUGCUUCUCUACUGGAGUACUUUUGUCCCUGGUCCUUCCAUUCCGGGCCGUUCUUCCCGCGCUUUCGGCCGGUGUUGGUGGUGGUCCUCUCGUCCACAUGGAGGACCACGAUGUUGGUGAAGAUGCUGCUGCUCUUGGUCCUCUCGUUCCCAGAGAUGAUGGAGGUCGUGCUCGAGGACGCGGCCACUUAGAGCAGGACCGCGCGGUGGAUGGCGAAGAAGAUGUCGAUAUCAAAUGUAAAAAUGUCUGGGUCUGGAAAACUCAUGCUGUUUUUGCAUGACACAGAAGGUCUGGCAUGGAAGCUCUAGCAUCACACGUUUCGAGAAGCUUCCGCAAUGCCGAAUCCGCAUGACAAAUGCCCCACUUUAGGGCCAGAAAGUGGGCAACUUUUGCUACCUAUGCAUGAGAGAUUUUUAUGUGUUGUGAAAUGCGCAUCACAAGUUUGUCUUCUUCCAGACCCAGACACUUUUGCAUUUCAUAGCCGACAUGGAGGCGGCCGAGGACUGGGAGCAACUGGGGGAACAAGAAGAAGAAGAAGUGCGACAACCUAACGCGGCAGAAAUCGAGCAAAUACAGCCGAUUCUUGCUCAGUUCAAUGAGGACCAACAACCGUAUGAUCGGUUGCAGCAAGAAGAAGUUCGACAACGACCUAACGCGGCAGAACUCGAAGAAAUCCAGCGCGACAUGGCUGAGUUUGAUGGGCCGCAAGGAGGUCCUCGUCCGGAGGCCAUCGAAAAUAUGGAUUGCAAAUAGGUCUGGGUCCUCUGGAAGGUUGGAACUUGUCAUGCUAAAUCCGAACCAUGCAAAAAUCUGUGUUGCGUGAGUACCAAAAGCUGUCCACUUUCGACCAAGAUGGGAGGGAGUUUCUCAUGCAGGAUAGGCAUGAUAGGGACCUCACAGACUCUGUCAUGCCAGGUCCCGCAUUCCAGACCUCAAGGGCCAUGGAAAACCUCCUGCAUGACAAGUUUACACUCUUCCAGACCCAGGCAUAUUUGCAAUGCAUAGAAAACGACUUCGAGCAAAUUCGAGAUAAUCAUCGACGAGAGUUCGGGGCGUAUUUGCAGCGGGAGUUUGCGGAGCGUGAUGCCGUUUUGCAGGCGGAAGCCGAAGCAGCGCGGCUCCUGGAAGCGCAGGACCGGAAAGCGAAGUUUUCGAGCGUGCUCGAGUUAAUGGCGUUGGGGGCGUCGUCAUCAAGGCGAGCAGGCUUAACUACAACUACCCCUCGUGCAAGAAAUUACAGGAAGAAAAAAUCCAGAACCAGAACCCCGCGGCGAGAAAGGGGAAGUGGAAGCAGCUCCAGAAGUAGCUCUACCUCUACCUCAUCUUCAUCUUCUUCGCAAGAACAUCAAAAUCAUCCUGCAGCACGAGCCGAGGCCGACGUGGAGGUGGUCAUCCGCCUCUCGAAUGCCCUAACGGGGGAACUCUUCGUCCCGGGACGGGGUGGACGGGGUCACGACCAUAUUGAUGUGUCUACUGCCAGUACUUGUGCUAGCGCAUCGUCUUCAUCAAGCGCAACUGGUGGAGGCCCGCUGCGCACUGCGAAAAAAAGCCACGGACAUUUUCAUUUUUCCACGUCUGUCGAAAGUAUGACCGAGGCGAAAAACUUCGUUACAGACCUACAGCUGGAGAUGAAUUUUCCGCACAUCCGCUUCAUACUACAAAAACCCGCCCCGAAGAAAGUGCUGAAUUCUAAUGCAGGAGUUGUUGGGCGGCCAGGGCCACAAGCUGCACAUCAUGCGGAAGAUCAUGCAGGAGUUCAUCUUGCCGGCACGAGGAUGAUGACCUCGGACACCUUUGACACGUUUGAGGAUUUUCAAAAGCUUUUAAUACGGAUUUCAGAAGUAAAUGAACACUCGGAUAAAGCGCGACAGAUUCAAAACUUGCGGGAGUGGACCACUCUUGUGGAAGACGAGGUAAAGUCGCAGCUCCCGACCACGACAUCGCAAGUCGACAAUUCUGGCAGCUCGUCCGAUGGUACUAAAGAUGAUGAGCCUACUGGGAUGAGACAUCAGCCGAUGAACAUCGGGAAAAACAAGAAGAAGCAGUACAGAAUUCUGGAUGUGCAGUUUUACAAGCUGCACAGUGCUCCUGUCAAGUACCAACUUCAGGUGGGCCUGGGGGACGGCAUCAUUGAGGUACCGAGCGACAAUACGGUGGCUGACGUAAUAGCCGGCAAGGGGAUGCAAACGUCGCUUUCCUCCGCGGCCGCGAACGGUGCCGGGACGGUGCUUCCACACAUGCGAGUGUUUCCGAAGGAUCCGUCGAUUCUUGAACAAACCGUGCCGGGCUUACAGUACUUAACCGGCACAAGAACCACCCCGGACCGAGCUUUUUCCACCGGGGCAGCAACUUCUCAAUCGGGCCUUGCUGCUCGCGCCAAAAGCUUCCUCGCGAAGCCACGCAUUCUCCCCUUCCUCUGUUCGAAGCCAGUUUUCCUGGGACAAAUGGUUUACCAAAGGUUCAACUGGUUUAAACUUUUCGGUGUGAACGAGCAGUGCGAGGCGUUUUUAGAACGGGCAGAGCAAGCCUUAUUGGAGAUGAACUUCUUCCUCGCGGUGCAGAGCGGAGCAAUCAUGUUUAUGAAUGGGGAAGUGGAGCGGGGGGAGUGGAGUUGGAACAUGUGGUCGGAGCUUUUUUUUACAAUUAAUAUCAAAUGCAAAAGUGUCUGGGUCUGGAAAAGUGUAGAGUUGUCAUGCAGAUUUUCCAUGACCCGUGAGGUCUGGAAUGCGGGACUUAGCAUGACAGACUCUGCGAUGUCUCUGUCAUGCCUAUCCUGCAUGAGAAACCCCCCUCCAACUUGGUCAAAAGUGUACAGCUUUUGGCACUCAUGCAACACAGAUUUUCGCACGCUUCAGAUUUACCAUGACAAGUUGGAAUCUUCCAGACCCAGACAUUUUUGCAAUUCAUAGUUAAGAAAUAGGAACGAACUCGGAGAAGGUGGAGGAAGCUCCAAACCGGACGGUGUAGUAGUUCUUUAGGCAGCAUUGCUACCAACGGAGGAAACGACGCCGCGGGCGGGGGUCCAUCCGCUCGGCGUCGCUGCUUCGCUGCUUUUUGUUUUUUACAAAACGUAUUUGACGGAUAUAUGUACUAGGUACACAACUACACAGAUAGUACUGCAGAUUCGAAUCUAUUGGGUUGCAUUGUUGUGAUGAUCAACAAGCAUCGCACUCGCAGCACGAAUGAUUAUUCUUUUAUGUCGCUUUUUUAACCUGACGAACACGAUGAAGGCUACUCGCUUCAUCUCGACCUUCGGAAACGAAAAUCGGUAUUUGGGAUUCCUGCGGCUGCGCUCGUACUAAAUCACAUCUUCUACGCAAUUACUACACGAUGUUUUUGAUCUUUUUUGCCGUCUUCACGAAGCGAAGACAUAAAGAAGGAUGGAGCAGAAGCAAAGCUUGAUCAUACAUUUUCGCCUCCCUAGAAGAUCCUUUGCUCUACUUCUUAUAAAAACUGCAUCAAAUUUCGAUUAUGAAGCUCAGUAGGGGCUCGCGCGUUGUACUAUGCUCGCGCUUUUUUAUUUUCGUAUGUGGAAUUAUGGCGUAUGAUAUCUAAAAACAGAAAGCAUUUUCUUGGGGCUGGAGACUGAUGCGGCCACCAAGGCGAAGGUGAUUCAACACCUGUAGUAUUGUUGCCGCUACAAGAACUCAACCGUGUACAAUUUUCAUCUAUGCACAAAAAAUUCAUCACUGUAAACAUUCUACUUAGCUC